UCAGUCAGUGUUUAGCCGCGCGCGCGCACGCAGGCAUUAUGCUCAAGAUCACUGUAGUCCUUUUAUUUGCGUGCGCGAUCGCCGCGGAAAACAAUGACACAGAUAUCGAUAAGCAAGUACUCAAACGCCUAGCCACAGUUAUAGGUGAUAACAAGAAUCUCGAUCCUAGAGAUGUCACCCGCUUAUAUCGUACCGCGCAGGUUUUGGGUAUAGAUAAAGACUUGGUUGAUAAAAUAUUCGAGAGGGUGAAUGAGUCAGAUCGAGUAAUCCAUAAGGAUAAGGGUUAUAAUGUGUAUUCGGACGCGGAAAAGGGCCCGCUGGGAGAAUCUCCUGAUUACGCCUCGUCCGUCGUCCUGGCCAGUGAUUUGCUGUCUUUAACGAGUGCUGUCAGCAAUGUUGCUGAUAAACUCUGCAGGGAGCAGGGCUAUCGGUUUCUGGAUGGUUUGCUGUCCAACAAGCGAUGGGCUUUGAAAAUGUUCGACGCCUCAGCGAAGUCUCCACAAGGCUUGCUAUUCGGUUCCUCCUACCAUCUCGGCAACUUCGACGAAUGUAUGGACAUCGACGAGCCAGGGGAUGGUCUGACUGUAGAAGGACAGUAUUGCCUGGCUACCAUUAAGUGGAGGGAAGGGGAGGAGAGUAAGAAGAUUCGAACAGGUCGUGGCGAAAGUCUUCGAUGGGCAGUCUGCGUACCAAGUUCGUGCGAUGCGAGAUCCGUGGCGCGAUUUGUGGGCGAUAUUUUAUCACAUUCUGUUGGCAACACCACAAAAGUGGAGGUCACAGAAAAGGACUGCUACACGCGUCGGCCGCUCACCGUCAAUAAACUUGAUAUCAGCUUCUUAGUGCUCAUGUUGUUUUUCGCUUUAAUCCUCACGCUGUCUACCUCAUAUGAAAUCUACGCGAUUCGCAACAACAAGAAGGAAACUAACUUACACAACCUCAUCGUCUCCUUCUCCAUCAUCAAUAACAUCAAGAAGAUCCUCUCGACGAAGCAGAAUAACGGAUUGGGCUUGGAGUGCAUUGCGGGCAUCAAGGCUUUAGCAAUGGUGUUCAUAAUAGCUGGUCAUGCUUGCUUGUUUAUCGGCAGUGGACCUGUUAUGGACGCAAAGGCUUGGGAUCGGCUUAUCCAAAAUCCAGUGAAUGCCUUCAUGCUCAACAACACACUGUUAGUUGAUACCUUCUUGUUCCUGAGCGCAUUCCUCUUUAGUCGCCUGAUGCUGAUUGAACUGGAUAAGAGGAGAGGGAGGUUGAACGUGAUACCAAUAUUGGUGUUCCGGUACAUCAGGGUCACGCCGGCAUACUUCGUCGUGAUAUUUUUCUAUAUGACAUGGCUACCCAAAAUUGGAGAAGGUCCCUUGUGGGAAAACAGGAUUCAGCUGGAGCAAGAGAGGUGCAUCGACAGCUGGUGGACUAAUAUAUUGUACAUUAAUAAUUAUGUCAACACUGACAGAAUGUGCAUGUUCCAGUCCUGGUAUCUGUCGGUAGACACGCAGUUGUUCUUCGUGGCUCCCUUCUUUAUUUAUAGUCUGUGGCACUGGCGGAGAUUUGGGCCAGUACUUAUAGCGAUAGCAACAAUUGUGUCCCUUGUAAUUCCUUCUAUCAUCACCUACAGAGACCAUUUGGAUCCAACUUUCUUGUUUUAUGCUAAGGAGUUCACUGAUUUCGUAACCAAUUUUUACUUCAUUGACGCUUACAUAAAAACUCACAUGAAGAUGACGCCAUAUUUCAUGGGUUUGCUGACUGGUUAUAUUUUACAUCGGAUUCAGGUACAAAACUAUGAAUUCUCGAACCUUCUAAAAAUAUUCGGAUGGACAACUAGCAUCAUAUUGGGUACUGUAACCACAUUCUCCGUAAGCUUGUUCUAUCAGGACUGGUACCAAUAUAGCACGAUAGAGGCUGCGGCGUAUAUCUCUUUGCAUAAGUUUGCUUGGAGUAUAGCAAAUGGCUGGUUAAUUAUCGCCUGCGCUACUGGUAAUGGAGGUUUACUUGGCAAAUUUUUAUCCUGGCGCUUUUUGGUACCCAUAGCGAAAUUAACUUUCUGUGCCUAUUUAGUGAACGGAAUAAUUGAACUGUAUUAUGUGGGACAAUUGAGGCAUCCAUUGCACAUAACAUUCUUUACAAUAUCGGCGAACGCCAUUUCGCAUUUGGUUCUGACUUUCUUCCUUGCACUCAUAUUGUGCAUUACCUUCGAGUCACCAUUGCACGGCAUCGAGAAAAUACUCCUCAGAAUGUUUGCUCGUCCGGUGCUCAGCGACAAUGCAAACGUUAGGAAGUCGGAUUCUGGCGAAUUCUCGCGAAACACUAGUCAAAGUAGGUUGGAUUCGUAACUGUAGAAUUGUGGUACAAUUUGCCACGGAAUUAGUGUUCUUUUAACCAAAAGACCAUGUUCUAUAACAAAGUUAAACGAAGCAUGUAAAAACGAAGCAAAUAUGAUUGUUAAUGUAUAGGUAUAUAACUAAAGUACUUGGUGUUUUACCUAUAGAAUAUUUUUUGUCUUUUAAAACAACGAUAAUUCUUGUGUUUAUUUUGGCGCCAUCAGCUAUUUGCCUUAUCAUAACUGCAGCGCUGUAUAAAAAGUUAUCUUGAGCUGUAUAAAAAAUUCAAAAUUUUUAAAGUGUUGAAAAUCAAUAGAUUUGUUUUAAACAGCAAAACUCUCUCUUUUUAGAGGCAGUAUUAUAGCUUAAUUAUCGGUAAUCUAAUACAAUGUUGUGAAGAUGCUGAUAAUGCUAAAAUAGUUGUAAAUAAUGUAGCAUUAAUUUUUGUACAAAUGUCUACCUAAGAUACUUUUAAGAAUUUUAUCGUGUAGUUGAUACAGUUUUUGAAAAUGAAAUAAAUUCAAUUACAUAGUAAUUACAUUUAAAUAAAUGACGGGACAAUAUGAGUUGACUUUAUCGAGUUCUAUUUACGUUUUACAUUGUAAUUAAUCAUCAAAAGACUUGUAACCAUAUUAAGAAUAAUGGUUAUAACAAGAUUUAUCCGUUAGAAUUUAAAAUUGUAUGUUUUCCAGGAUUAUAAUGUUUGUUGUAAUAAGUUCAAAACUAAUAAACUCAAAGGUAACUCAAAUCUUUACAAUAUGGGAAAGGGAUCUUACAUAUCUAUAAUUUGUAUUAAAUUAGAUCUUCCGUAAACACCCUGAGUUUUCCGGGAUCCCGAUAUAGUAACCUUGUCGAAUCCAAUAGAAAAACAUGCCCUUAUAUAAAUAGUUCAUUUGUGUGAUAUUCAAUGUAUGUUACCAUAUUAAGUUUACCGUAUUAUUUUUGUAUUGCUCAACUUUCAAACUUAUGUAAAUAUAGCGUAAGGUUCUUUUUAUUUUUGUAAUAAAAAUUAUUUUGUAAA